AUGGACGCAAUUCACACCCAAACCCAACUGCCGGGACUAGCCGGAAACCCCAUGGCCUUGGGAGAUGAAGGCCUCAUCCCCCAAGAUCUGAACUGUCGGCCCUCUCCAGCUAUCGAUCGACCAAUCCGCCAAUCUAUUCCUCAUCUACACACCCAGCUACCCUCACAGCCCCCUCUAGCUACCAACAAUCGCCAAAGUCCUCAGCUACCCAUCUACACUCCCAGGGUAGCAAACCACCGGAACUCGUUCCAAUUUCAGGGACCGCAAUCGACCGGGACGAUCGUUUGGAUCGCUCCGACUACAGGUGAGUGA